AUGCGAACCGAAGAGAAUAUUCCUAGAGCUUCAACUUCAAAACCUUCAACUUCAAGCAAUGGAAAAUCUUCUGUGCCAGUGUCAAGCUGUGGUGUAUUUUCCGUUUCCAGCAAAACCAGAAACAUUCAAGGUACUAUAUCUGCAUAUAUACCGAAAAAGUUAAAUGCAAGCCAAAAGAAAAAAUAUGAUGAUGAUUUGUUGGAAAUCUUUAUCUUUGACUAUCAACCUGUUAGCAUUGUGGAAGAUCGGGGAUUUAAAAAAUUUGUCUCUGGUUUAAAUCCGUCCUACAAGCUGCCAAAUAGCCACACGAUUUCUGAGACUAUGAUUCCUGCAGAAUAUGAGACUUGUUUCAAAAAGGCAAAAAAAGAAAUGAAAAAACUGGACAAUGCCGCUAACAUUAAAAAAGCCAUCCAAGUUGAACUAGGGUGGAAGUUUUUUGGAUGUUUUGCCCAUACAUUAAAUCUGAUAGUCCAAGAUGCACUUGCUCUACCAGCGAUCAAAAAUGUAGAAAAAGUAAAAAUAAUCGUUUCCCAUUUCCGCAGAAGUGCCUCUGCAAAUACUAAACUAAAUUCGUUCCAGAAACAAUUUGGAAUUGAUCCCCCCAAAAAACUGAUUCAGGAAGUGGUUACUAGACGGAGUUCCACAUUCUACAUGUUGCAGAGAAUUGUGCAACUGGAAAAUCCAGUUAGAUCUGUUUUGGGUCUCUUGGAUGACCGGUUGCCACUUCUUGAAGCUGAUCAGUGGAUCCUAAUAAAAGAGCUUUGUGAAGUUCUGACCCAUUUCGAAGAAGCCACAAAAUCUAUUAGUGGAGAAACUUAUAUUUCUGCAUCUUUGGUAAUCGUUUUACAAAGAGGGCUUGUUAAUGUAUGCGAAAAACUAAAAUUGAAAACAUUUUCUGAGCCUACUAUUGACAUAAUCCAAUGUUUAGAAGAUGGUUUAAGACAAAGAGUGGGAAAUGUAGAGUAUAGUAAUACUUUAGCUCUUUGUACAUUCUUGGACCCACGCUUUAAAACAUUUGCUUUUGUCAAUAAUGAUGCUAUUGAGGCUAUUCGAAAACUAGUCACAAAUAUUGUAACGGAAAUGAUUACCAAAGAUGCAAAAAGAAAUGAAAACACAGAAACAGAAACUUCUAAUCAAGAUCGAAAUGAAAAUAAGUCUACCACUCUAUCUGUAUUGAAUUGCCUUCACGAAAAAGUUUCGAAAAAUAAACCAAAGACUACACCAUCUAGUUCUCGGGCAAUAAUGGAAAUACCGCGCUACUUGGAAGAUGAUGUCUUACAAACAAAUGCCAAUCCACUGACAUUUUGGAAAAGCAAUCAGUAUAAUUUUCCAUACCUGAAUAAGUUGGUUAAACAGAAAUGUUGUGCCCUUGCUACUUCUGUGCCUUGUGAAAGACUAUUUUCAGAUGCUCAAUAUGUUCUAGGUGACCGCCACACUAGACUAAAUCAUGAAAAUUUAAGUAAAAUUUUAUUUUUAAGGACUUAUAAAUUAAGGGACAAGAAUGAAUAA